AUGACGUUUAUACAACAUACUGCUUUUUUACCAUUGUUGGGCCUUUGGAUUGCCACUGUUUAUACUGCCUCUGUACGAUUGUCCCAAUUCACGAAAUAUGGCAAAAGUUUUGUUUUAGCAGGAGGCAAUCUUCAUGACGACAAUCAUCCAGUGUGGAAUCAAAUUGUUGAGAUGGCGGGUGGUAAAGGUGUGGCUCGGAUUGGUGUGAUAUCGGCGGCAUCCAGCACCCCUGUCGAAUCAUUUAAAGCAUAUCGUGAAAUAUUUUUGAAACAUGGCGCUUCUGAUGCAUCGUUCAUACCUAUCACGGUAAACCAGAAGGGUAACAAUUCCAAUCCUGAUGUUGUGAAAUUGAUUCAUCAGAUGACAGGAUUUUUCUUUUCUGGAGGUGACCAGGCCAGAAUCAUACAAUCAUUUUUUAAUGCCGGCCAUACUCCAUCACCUGCAAUGUUAGCUAUUGCUGAGCGAAACAAAUUAGGGGCGGUAGUCUCUGGAAGUAGUGCUGGUACUACUUGUCAGACGGCUUCUGUCAUGAUAGAAGGUGGAGAUAGCUACGAUGCCCUGCGAUAUGGUUCUCACACAAGUUCAUCGCACUCGGGAGAUUUGCUUUACAAUCCUAAUGGUGGAACUGGAUUGUUAGCUGGUUUCGUAUUAGACACUCAUUUCGGAAAUCGAGGAAGGGAAGGCAGAUUGAUAAGGUUACUCUCUGAUACAAAGAAUUCUAAACUAGGAGUUAACUUUGGUAUUGGCGUUGAUGAAAACACGGCAUUAGUUAUAAAACAUGCUGAAGACAGUCAUAGAAUCACAGGACAGGUUAUUGGCGAACUUGGUGUGACGAUUAUAGAUGUGUCAAAAUCCUAUCAAGACACAACCAGUAAAUACUUUUCCAUACACAACGUUUAUGUUACAUAUCUCACCAAUGGCGACAUAAUUAACUUAAAAUCACACAAAGUAACCUUUUCGCCCACAAAAGUAAACUUACUAGGACACGAGAAAUACGAUGAUGCGCUUACUUCCGAUGAUAUUUUUCGUGGAGUUCACAGUCUUGGGCGAAAAGGUGAAUUUUUAAGAGUUGCAGCUAGCAUUUUUGAUUCUCGAAAGGAUCUGAUGAGCUGGGGAACAACUUAUGAUAAUCAUCCGCAGUUUAAGGUUACUAUGUCGAAGACUGGGCAAAACUGUACAGGAGCAGUUGAAAGACAUUCUGGUUUUCACAGUGAUAUGCAUUCUUAUAAAAAUAUGUAUUUAGAAAUUACCUCAAUAUAA